AUGGUCUUCAAUGGGCUGCUCCGUUUCCGGAUCAUUCGCUCUAAACAGGUCAAGGAGAUCGCCCUGGGCGGAGGACAUGAUCAAUCGCAGCCUGUCGAGAAACAGACUCUCCUCACCAUCAAGCAGCUUCCACCAUGGUACGACCCCAACCCGUUCAUCCUUUCGGGGUACCGUCCCGAGACCCGCUCCUACUACCGUUGCUUCGCCAGUUGGCUAUACUGCCACAACGAAACUGGAAACAUCUACUCGCAUUUGAUUCCAGGCAUCUUGUUGCUUUCGUCCCAGGGCAUCCUGUACGAGUACAUUCGCACAAAGCAUGAGAACCUCUCCAACUUCGACUGGUCCAUCGUCUCACUGCAACUUGUCACAGCCUCAAUAUGUCUCCUGACAUCGACGACGUACCACACUCUGCUGAACCACUCUGCAGCCGUCGCGCACCGCUGGCUCCAGCUCGACUAUAUUGGGAUCAUUGCGCUCAUUCUGGGCAAUUUUAUCAGCGGACUGCAUUUCGGGUUCUAUUGCAACCCGCAGCUGAAACAUUUCUACUGGUCGCUUAUCCUGGCCUUCAGUUCUGCAACCGCCGUGGCCCUCCUCAGUCCGCAGUUCAGGGGUCUCGAGUGGCGCUCGUUCCGCCUGGCCAGCUUCGUCUGCACCGGUCUCUCGGCGUUUGCGCCAAUCGGCCAUGCGUGCAUGCUUUGGGGCGUGCCGUAUCUCUGGAAGAUAGGCGUGAAGUAUUACCUGCUUGAAGGGGCUUUCGUCAACUGUAUCCAGAAGGGGAAGAUUACUGACACACUGCAGAAGAGAGUUCCCGAGAGCCUGUACCCGGGUGCAUUUGAUAUAUGGGGCCACUCGCAUACGAUAUGGCAUGUCUUUGUGACGUUUUCCAUUGGUGCUCAUGUCAUGGGACUGCUGCAUGGUCUGGAAUACAGCUAUAGUCAAGCAGAGUGUCGAUGA